AUGUCUGGGACAGCUUAUGACGAAGCUGAUUUUCAGCCCUCGCCCGAAACCGCCUCAAAAGCUGAUACUACGCCGACGAACAGAAAUUACGCUGAUCAUGUUCCGGAGGACGUCCUCAAGAGGGUGAACGAAGCGCCCGGCAAUAUCACUCAACUACGCUGCCUCAUUGACAACAUCGAGUGUCGCCAUGUGGUGGAUUAUGCCCACGUCCUGGCUCGCGCAGAUGGCAAGAAAAACGAGUUGAUGUCCAGUCUCGAGCGUUCUUGGGGUGUCGAACGGGGGACGGUAAAUUCUAACACCCAUCGCAACAUCUUUCGAUUGAGCGCCAAGUUCCAUCGUUUGUUCGACGAGGGGAAGUGGCUUCUAUUGCCAGAAAUGAAAAUUUUGGAUGAAUACCAACAACACUUUCGAAGCGGGGGUUUGCCUAUUGACUUCCCUGCAGUGACGCAUGAUUCAUAUAAGUACACCCUGAUCCCCCACCCAGAUAUGAGACAGGUUGCGAUCCAUCGAAGGGCCCAAAGCAUUGAGAUUAGCUCUGCAAGUGCUUUCAAGACAUAUGUCUAUCCAUACGAGGACUUCCCAACCAUCGUUUCCCAUGUUCAUCCUCGUUUCGUCAUUUGCAAUAGUGGACAGAAACUCAAGGGUUACGACAAGAUCGUGGCCUUUGCAAAGGGGGACGCUCAACUGGGUCAAAGACUUACGACAGUCUCUCGACUCUACCAUCAUUGGACAAAAGCUCACGGGAGCCAUGCUGAGUCUACGCAGACCUCUAACCCAAGCCGAUUUCAACCUGGUCGAGGGACGAGAUCCGUCAUCUCGUACUUUCAAUCGCCAGAGCAGCGUGUAAAGGGUCCCGCUCCCUCAGUCUCUAAUCCUCUUAUUCCUGUCAAUCCCUUGGUUUCUGCUUCUUCGGUUUUCGUUCCUCAAAUUCCUGUCAACCAUCAUAACCCUGUCACCCCGCCCCGUUCCACGAAAUCUCUGGUAUACGAGACCCCGGAAGAGCGAGCUUGUCUUAAGACACCCGAAAGAGCCAAAGAGAAAGUUGUUGCUGCUGCUGGCGGUGCAUUUUGUCUCAUCGAGAAUGUUAAUAAUUCCAAUGCGUUGGAAUUCGCCCAUCUAUUAGCCCGGAGCGCGAACGACACACUAUUAACUAACCUCGAAUAUUGGUGGAACAUGAAAUAUGGCACUUUGAAUGUGAACACCCAUAAGAACAUCACCCUCCUUACAAAGAAUUUGCAUCGCCUGUUUGACGCCAAUUCAUGGCUUCUGCUCCCCGAAGAUUCCGUCAUCAAUCAAUAUCUCGCCGCGAAGGGCAGCCGAACAGAUUUUCCGACCAUCGAUUCACCACCCUAUAAGUAUAGGCUACUCGUCAGUGACGACAUGCAAGAUUAUCCCAUUCACCGCCGCGGACUUCCAGCCAGCGAGGUCGACAUUGGCAAAGGGAAAGCUAAAAAUGCAAACGCCAGUGAUUCAGACAUCGUCUCCGCGGACGCUUUUACCACCCACAUAUAUCCGUUCACUGAAUUUCUUACCAUCACUUCCCAUAUCCAUCCGCGAUUCGUACUCUGCAAUUCGGGGAUGAAGCUAGCGACGGGCUAUCUCAUGGCCGAGUACGUAUUUGCGAGGCUUUCACUGGAACCAACUCUGCGCAACGUUGUCGAGAUAUACGAAGCUUGGACGAGUUCUCAAAUUUCGCCAGACUUUUACGCGGCGGCGCUCGACCCCAAUAUUGCUGAGGAUGACUAUCCGGAUGGUAAAACAAGUUCUCAACGCGCACCUAAUGGCAGGAAACGCCCCCCAAGGAAUCGUUCUCCAUCAGAAAGGAACCCGAAGAAAGCGAAAUCGGAAGGGAACAAAGAUUGUGCUUGGCUUGAUGACGCUACCCUCGCCGAGUUAGACCACGACCCGUCGCCGAAGAAGGCCUGGGAAGACAAGGUCGCCUGGAUUCAGGCGUGGGUGGGACGUGUCCCUCUGGACGCAAUGGACGUGGACGAAGUUCCAAUGGAUGUCGAUCAUGAUUUGACGGACAAGUUUGCUGGUCAAACCCCCGAUUACGUGGCUAGUGUAUCGAUCUCCGAACUGUCAUCUUGAAGAGGGCAAACUUAUGAUAUUAUGAAUUAUUGUUUAACGCUGGUCAUGAAUGAAUGUUGUUUCAAUUAUUUGAUUUGUUUU